AUGAUAGUCGCUGGAAAACUCAUCUCGACAUUUGAUGAUACAACCGAUGAUUCUAUAUUGCUCAAUUUUGAAGAUAAUGUGAUAGAUGGAAAAUUUUCAUCGUUUGCUAAAAUGAAUAUACGUCUUUCAAGACAAUCAAAAAUUGAAUUAGCACCUUCACGUACGAUAUUAUCGUUACAAUAUAAACGAUUAAUCGAGGAAUUUCAAUUAAAUUCACAUUCAUAUUAUACAUUAAAGGUCAUUUUUAAACGUCGUUUACUGCAAGAUUAUACCAUGACGUCAAUACCAUUGUGUCUCAUUUUACAAGCACAAUUUCAUUAUACAAUCAAUUUAUUUAUUAAUGAAAAUGGUUAUAUUAAUAGUGCAUUUAUUUUAACAAAUAAUUCUACAUGUAGUUUUUCGAAUUUAUCUACAUUAGAAUUAAAAAAUGAUCUCAUAUAUAAAGUUCCUUUGAAUUUACAAUUUAAUAACCUUGGACCGCAACCGGAAACACAACAUUUUCUUGAAAAACUUAAACGUGAGAGAGAAGCAAAAUUAAAUGCACAAGAAAACGACAAUCGUCCAUUUAUACUUAAAUAUUGGAAAUAUUUAUUACCAAUCGUCGUUAUUUUUGUUCUUCAAAGUGCUUUUACAGAUGGUGGAAGAUAG